AUGACGGAAAAAGAGCUGGAUCAGACUGGUGACAGUGAAGAUGAAUAUGCAUUGAAUUUGGUUAACAUUUCGACAGAGUCGAUCAUGUUUGAGGAACCUUUCUCCAAACAGAAAAUCGAGAAGAUAAGACUAAUUAAUCCUUCAGAGAAAACUAUCGGCUUCAAGAUAAAGACAACACGUCCAUCAUACCUUACAACGAACCCGGCUUUCGGAGUCUUGGAAAGUCACAGAGCAUUGUACGUGCAGGCAAAAUUCCGGGCUUUAACAGAUGGAGCGAAGCCGCCAAAGAAAGAUCGCCUUUCUUUCUUGUUUGCCGUAGUGCCUAAAAACCUUAAGCUAAACAAGCCAUCGGAGCUCUGGAAGAGGACCGAUGAAUUCCCGAAAAUCAUACGUAGAAUCACAGUGGAAAUCAGCUACAGUCAGCCAGAGUCUGGCAUGGGUGAAAUUAUCGAGGAAGGGCCUGUUGGAGAAGUUGAAGCACCGGCUGCUGAAGCACUACCAGAAAGCGAGAAGGAAGAAGUUGAAGAAGUAGCAGAACAAGAGGUGGAAAUGGAGGAAGAAAAAGAGGAAACUGAUAAAGAAAACCAAGUCGAGGAAGAAGAGCUGAAACACGCAGAAGAAAAAGAUGAAGAUGAACAAGACGAAGCAGAAAACAGUGACAAAGACGAAAAAUGA